AUGGACAAAGUGGAGAAGUGGAAAAAAGCUCUCAGAGAUGUUGCAGAUUUGGGAGGGAUGGUUUUAGGAGAUCGGUACGAGUCGCAGUUUAUCCAAGAUAUAGUUGAACUUAUUGGAAAUAAACUGGAUCACACAUGGAAUAGGAGAUUAAGAGUCGAUCCCUAUGUAGUUGGAAUAGAUAAUCGUGUGGAAGGCCUAAACAUGUGGUUAGAAGAUGGAUCAAGUGAUGUUGGAGUAGCUGUAGUCUAUGGGAUGGGUGGAAUUGGCAAAACCACCAUUGCCAAGACUGCUUAUAACCAGAACUUCUAUAAAUUUCAAGGUAGCAGCUUUCUUGCAGAUAUUAGAGCAACUUCAAAACUUCCCAAUGGUUUGGUUCACUUGCAAAGGAACCUUCUUUCAGAUCUCCAAAAGGAGAAAGCAGAGAAAAUAUACAGCUUGGAUGAAGGAAUAACAAAGAUCAAACGGGCGAUACGUUGCAAAAGAGUUCUUAUUGCUCUUGAUGAUGUGGACAACUUGGAACAAUUCAAUGCAAUUCUUGGAAUGCGAGAAUGGCUUCAUCCAGGAAGUAAAAUAAUCAUAACAACUAGACAUGAACAUUUGUUAAAGGCUCAUGAGAAUUGUGCAAUGUUUAAGGUGGAAGGGUUGCUUGAGAAUGAAUCACUUGAGCUUUUCAGUUGGCAUGCCUUUAGACAACCCCAUCCUGGCGAAGGUUACAUGGAUCUUUCAAGACCUGUAGUGCAACACUGUGGAGGGGUUCCAUUAGCUCUUCAAGUUCUAGGAUCUUCUCUCUUUGGAAAAGCUGCAGAUGUGUGGAAAAAUGCAUUACAGAACUUGGAUGUGAUUACUGAAGGAAAAAUUCAAAAGAUUCUCAGAAUAAGCUUUGAUUCUCUGCAAGAUCAUGACAAACGUCUGUUCCUCCAUAUAGCCUGUUUCUUCAUAGGAAAAGACAAGGAUUUUUCAACUACAAUCCUUGAUGAAUGUGAGUUUGCCACAAACAUUGGAAUUCAAAAUCUGGUUGAUAGAUGUCUGCUGAUAAUUGAUGGAUUCAACAAGAAGUUAACCAUGCACCAAUUACUUCAAGACAUGGGAAGGGGAAUUAUUCGUGAAGAAUCGCCUGAGGAUCCUGGAAAACGUACUAGAGUGUGGAAUAAAGAUGCCUCUAAUGUUUUGAGAAAAUUAACUGGUACAGAAACUAUUAAGGGCCUCAUGCUCAACAUUCCUAUGUUAAUAAAAGAUGAGUCUUCUAAGAUAACAUCCAGUGGAAGUAACAGAAAAAGAUUCCAUGUUGAAGAUUAUGAUGGAAACCGUUCAAGCAGCCGACGUCGGCUUGGUUUCUUCUCCUGGCAGUCAAUUAGUUUUUCUUCAACAAACUCAUUUCCUGUAUCAAAUGGGAUAGGUUUCAAAACAGAGGCAUUUAGAAGGAUGCACAAUCUUGAACUCCUGCUGCUUGAUAAUGUAAAAAUCAGUGGAGGCUAUGAAGAUUUCCCAAAAAAUUUAAUAUGGUUGUCUUGGCGAGGAUUCGCUUUAAAGUCAAUACCAACCAAUUUUUACUUGGAAAAUCUAAUUGCUCUUGACUUGCGGAACAGCAGCCUCCAACAUGUUUGGAAGGGAACUAAGUUUCUUCCAAGACUGAAAAUCUUAAAUCUCAGUCAUUCACAUGGCCUUGUGACAACCCCUGACUUGUCAGGAUUCCCUAACCUCGAGAGAUUAAUUCUUAAAGAUUGCAUAAAUUUGAAAGAGGUGGAUGAAUCCAUUGGAGAUUUGGAGAAACUUGUUUUCUUGAAUCUAAAAGAUUGCAAAAAUCUCAUAAAGCUUCCAAUACUGCCAUCUCUCCAGGUACUUAUUCUCUCUGGUUGCUCAAAUCUUGUGCUGCCUGCCAGUAAGAUCGUUGAAAAUCAGUCAGACUCUACACCUAGUGACAUGAAGAAACUCAGUCUGUUAUCUGCAGUUAAACCGUGGCAAUCAAUCCGAUCAUGGGUAUUGCCAAGAAAAAGUCUCCAACUUACCGGUGCAAGUUUGCCACAAUUUUUAAAACUCUUAGAAAUGGCAUACUGCAAUCUGUCAGAAAUUCCCAAUGAUCUUAGUAGCCUAUCCUCAUUGGAGUAUUUGAAUCUACGUGGAAACCCAUUUUUGAGCCUAUCAGUAAACAUGAAUGGUCUUAGAAAGCUCCAGACUCUUUUUUUGGAUCGUUGCACAAACCUUGAAAUGAUUCCCGAGCUCCCACCAAGUGUAGAGACUUUGGGCGCAUUUGAAUGUACUUCAUUGAAAAGAGUACUACUAAACCUGCCCAACAUGUCAUCAAAAAUUAGAGAAGCGGUUUUGGAAUGCGAGAAUUUAGUUGAAAUUCAAAACGUGUUCAAAAUAAGACCGUUGAGAAGCGUCGACAUAGAAAUGAUCAAAGAUAUCGGUCUGUUCAAUUUGGAAUCCAUAGGAAGCACUGAAGUUGAAAUGUUCAACUACUUGACACAUACAGCAAGGAAGGGUCCUCUCCAGGGACUGGAUGAAUGUGGUAUAUUUAGCAUAUUCCUUCCUGGGAGCGAGGUUCCAGAUUGGUUCUGCUACAAGUCGAGCAUGGGUAACUCUGAGCUGUCUAUAACUAUACCUCCACAUCUUAAUUUGAAGAUCCGAGGCCUAAAUGCAUGUGUUGUGUAUGCACGAGUCACAAUAGGGUUUCCAAAAGAAAAGGAACAUAUGCUAUGGCUUAGUCAUUGCCGAUUCGCAAACGAUGAAUUGGAGGGUGGGGAAGAAAUAAGUGUUUCGGUUAGGGGAGAUGCAGAUGAUAUGUUGACAAAGGAAUUUGGAAUCCAGCUUGUGUACGAGCAGAAUAAUAAUGAGGGUAGCCGUUUGAGAGGAGAAUAUGCGGAGCAUAUGUUGAGUCAUAUUUGGUCUUUGCUAGCUGGUGUAUGCUGGCAUGUACGAUUCAAUCUUGAGGCUUCAUUUGGAAUGGUGCUUUGUGGUGCUGCAUCAAUGGUUGUUAGCCAAAAAUACAGUCUUAAACCCUAUCUAUAUAGGAGUCGUCUCAUACAUAGACAUAUAGGAUACGCAUCAAAGUUUGAGUUGGAAAAGCUGCAGAUGUAUGGAAAAGUGCAUCACAAGUGA